GCCGACCAAUGGCUUCAUGCGGUCAGCAGGGACGCCCGGUCCAGUAGUAUAGAGAGUUCAGUGGUAAUACAGCUCCCUCCAGUCAGGCCAGUGGGGCUGUUUGCGACACUUGUCUUCGCUUUGCGGCAGUGUUAAACGUGAGGAAAAAGCUCGGUGAGAGGAAAGCAACAGUAAGAUUUGAACAAUUCCUUAUGGAGAACUACAGUAAAGCUCGCAGCGUGGACCAGCCGUCUGUUUGUCCGUUCAGCCUCACUGCCAACACACCGGAGGUCCGCGUCAAAGAUGGCAGCAAGAUCCGCAACCUGCUGCGCUAUGUCCUUGACCGCAUGGAGGUCAAGCCCGAAGCAGCAGCCCAUGAGGAAGGUGGAGGCGGGGUCAACAAGGGCCCGCCCCUUUGCCGCCAGCUGGUGUUGACGGCGAGCGGAAAGGGCGUGUCCAAAGCCAUCACAUGCGCCGAGCUCCUGAAGCGGCGUGUGAGGGGCCUGCAUCAGCUGACCCAGCUUGCCAACAACACCGUGACGGACGUGUGGGAGCCGCUGGAGCCCGCCGCCGGUCUGGACAGCCUCACGGUCAGCAGGAAGCUGCCCGCCAUCUGGAUCCUUCUCUCCAGGGACCCUCUGGACCGCCAGCAGCCCGGGUACCAGGCGCCGGGCCGCUUUGACGGCCUGUGGGCCCACACCCAUGCCUCCACCAGAGAGGAGGGGGGAGGACGGGGUGCUCACAAGAGGAAGAGGGGAUGUGGGGGUGGUGCCAGGGGGAGGGGACGUUCUAGAGAUUUCAAAGCGGACAGCUGAUCUCAAAACCUGAUUGGACAUGAUGUCACUUGCUGUUUCCUGUGACUGCCAUAUGACUCACCUUGAUUUGUUGAUAUUAUUUAAAGUUUUUUUUUUUAUAAAAUUGAACAACACACUAAAUGUGCACACUUAUUUUGUGUCAUUAAAAGAAAAUAUUGAUUAGAA